CCCUACUUUAUCAAGGACCUGUGGAAACAUUUCUCUAACUGAAGAUAAAGAACUUUUUUUUUUUUCCCCUUUCUCUCUCCAUUCUACUUCUAGCUCGUACCAGAGAGUUCCUCUCAUUUUCUUUCAGUAACAACAGUGCUGAAAAGAAGAUAUUUUCCAACCUGGACUUGAAGUAACUGGUGGAGAGGCAGGGAGCGCGGUGACUGUCCUUGAUCGCGGAGGGGCGAGCUCGCCGCCAGAGCGCCAGAGCAAGAGGAGGUGCAAGAGCGGCGGCGGCGGCGGCGCCCGAGCACCGGAGGGGGUCCGAGCCCCGGCAGCCGGCCAGCCCUGCGCCACAAAGGGAGCGCCUCCGCCGCCUGGCACGCCACCUCCCUCCCCAAUGUCCUCGGCCAUCGAGAGGAAGAGCUUGGACCCGUCUGAUUGGUUGGCACCAUCAGCAUCAGGGCAUCCAGCGGUGUUAAAGUUCCCUCAGUGUUUUUGAAAGCCCCAAGUAAGACCAGGCACUGUAGAAAGAGAAGAGAUGCAGUUCUGGGUUGAUGCGCAUGGAAAAUGCUGGGGAGCCCGUGGAUGAAGUGCUGCAGAUCCCCCCGUCCCUGCUGACAUGCGGAGGCUGCCAGCAGAACAUCGGGGACCGCUACUUCCUGAAGGCCAUCGACCAGUACUGGCAUGAGGACUGCCUCAGCUGUGACCUCUGCGGGUGCCGGCUGGGCGAAGUGGGGCGGCGCCUCUACUACAAGCUGGGCCGGAAACUCUGCCGGAGAGACUAUCUCAGGCUUUUUGGCCAAGAUGGUCUCUGCGCUUCCUGUGACAAGCGGAUCCGCGCCUAUGAGAUGACCAUGCGAGUGAAAGACAAAGUAUAUCACCUGGAAUGUUUCAAAUGUGCCGCCUGUCAGAAACAUUUCUGUGUGGGUGACAGAUACCUCCUCAUCAACUCCGACAUAGUGUGCGAACAAGACAUCUACGAGUGGACUAAGAUUAAUGGAAUGAUAUAGGCCAGAGUCCCCCAGUCACUGACGUCACUGUCCCCGGGGGUCUUCACUCUUAGGCACUUUGGGGAUGUGAGGGUGGGAUGAAGCAUUUCUUAGGGGAUGGGAGACCCUAACUGGGCCCAAGACACAGCAUCCAAGUGACAUAAUGCAAAGGAUAAAUACAAUUUAAAUGUGACAAAAUCACCAGCCUUUAGGGAAGACUUACAGACAGUGGCCACAGCCUAUCCGUAAUAACUGACAUGAUUAAUGAUGGAAAGGAGCGUUCAGGGGGCAAGCAAGCACUGUGCCAGCAGGAUGGAACUUCACAUCUGCAGAUAGGGUGUUGUUGUGUAAAGACAUGUCAUGACUUUGGUCUUUGAAAACUAGAAAUGUGCAAUUGAUUUCUUCCUGGCUUUUAUGACAACCCUGUUCCAAUCACUGUCCUCCACUCAAGGGGAAGACAGAGAGGAGAGUGACUGUCCUUUCUUUCUUGGCCACCUUCCCAAGGCCUUAAGCUUUGGACCCAAGGGAAAGUGCAUGGAGACACAUUUCAGUUGAGAAUGGAAACUGCAACUUUUAACCAAACACUUAUUUAAAGCAAUGCUGGUGAAUCACUGUUUUUAGACACCUUGGUUGUGAGGAGAGGAGUUCCGCAGAUUGUUUCUAUACAAAUGUAAAUCUAAAAUAAAAAAAAGUUGUUCAACUAUUUUAUUAUCUUAGAUUAUAUCAAAGUAUUUGUUGUGUGUAGUUAAAAAAAAAACACCUCUGCAGACAAUAAAAAUAACAGAUUA